CUGAAGCGUGGGUCAGGCGCCGGUUUGAGUAUUGAGUAUAAAAUGGUCUGAUUAGAUAGUUUUAUCAUCAGUUGAUUCAAAACCAACAUAAUACAAACAUGAAGGUCUUUAUUGUUCUUGCUCUGGCCGCUGUAGCAGCAGCUGACAAUGCUCCCAGAUACGGAUAUGCACCUGCACCAGCUUAUGCUCCUGCACCAGCUUAUGGUCAUGCUGCUCCUGUCUAUGCUGAUGAGGCACCAGUCUAUGCCUUCAACUAUGGUGUAGCUGAUGAUUACUCUGGAGCUACCUUCAACCAUGGUGAGAGCAGGGAUGGGUAUGCCACCUCUGGAUCCUACUCUGUUGCUCUUCCUGAUGGCAGAAUCCAGACUGUCAACUACAAGGUUGCUGAUGCUUACAGUGGAUAUGUUGCUGAUGUUACCUACUCUGGAGAGGCCAAGUAUGCUUCUGCUCCUGCUCCUUACAAGGCUGCUCCUAUCUACAAGGCUGCUCCCGUCUACGCCCCUGCUCCUGCAUACACUCCUGCUCCUGCAUACACCCCUGCCCCUGCUUACAACCCUGCCCCUGUCUACCAUGGAUAAGCUGUCAUUGAUGUAUUCCUUUUUAUUUUUAUUUAUUUAUGAAAUAAAAUUUGAAACAAUUCCAAAA